AUUACGUAUUAGUCAUACGAUCUUCCGGCCAACCCUACUCGGUGUGUCAGGAAGGGAGGUGAUGCAAAGAUAUAUUUAUCCUCAUACGACAAGAAAGAUAAGACAAGAUGAAACGGUGGCUUACAGGAGACGACGGUAGGAGUAGGGAGCCAGAAGUUUAUGAAACCGUUUCUGACGGUUUGAAGAAAUUAUAUCGACAAAAGUUACUUCCACUUGAAGAACAUUACAAAUUCCAUGAUUUUCACUCCCCACAACUCGAUGACCCCGAUUUUGAUGCUAAACCGAUGGUGCUCCUCAUCGGUCAGUAUUCCACAGGUAAAACGACCUUCAUCAGGUAUCUUCUGGAACAGGAUUUUCCUGGAAUUAGGAUCGGCCCUGAGCCGACGACAGACCGGUUUAUUGCUGUUAUGAAUGGAGCCCAGGAUGGGAUAAUUCCAGGAAAUGCCCUUGUUGUAGACCCGAAGAAACAGUUCCGACCACUGUCAAAGUUUGGAAACGCAUUCCUUAACAGAUUCCAGUGUUCGUCGUUGAAUAACCCAGUUGUAAAUAGCAUUACAAUCGUCGAUUCUCCUGGUAUUCUCUCAGGAGAGAAACAUAGAGUAGAUAGAGGAUAUGACUUUGCCGGUGUUUUGGAAUGGUUUGCAGAGCGAGUUGACAGGAUAAUUUUACUGUUUGAUGCACACAAACUGGACAUUUCUGAUGAAUUUAGACGUGCUAUUGAUGCAAUUAAAGGGUACGAUGAUAAGAUACGCAUCGUUCUGAACAAAGCUGACAUGAUCGACCAUCAGCAGCUGAUGAGAGUGUAUGGAGCGCUUAUGUGGUCUCUGGGUAAAGUCCUUGGCACGCCAGAAGUUGCUCGAGUGUACAUUGGGUCUUUCUGGGAUCAACCUCUGCAUUUUGACAUGAAUCGUAAAUUGUUUGAGUUAGAAGAACUAGACCUUUUCAAUGAUAUCCAAAGCCUGCCAAGAUAUGCCGCCUUAAGAAAAUUGAAUGAUCUCAUCAAGAGAGCUAGACUAGCAAAGGUGCAUGCCUACAUCAUCAGUCACCUGAAGAAGGAGAUGCCCUCCAUGUUUGGGAAGGACACAAAAAAGAAGGACCUGAUCAAGGGUCUGGGUGAGACAUACGCAGCUCUUCAGAGGGAGCACCAGAUCUCUCCGGGAGACUUUCCCAGUCUAUCCAGGAUGCAGGAACAGCUUCAGCACCAUGAUUUUACCAAGUUCCAUGUCCUCAAACCAAAGCUUAUAGAGGUGGCCGAUCAGAUGCUCGCCCAGGACAUCGCACGCCUCAUGCAAAUGAUUCCCUUGGAGGAGGCAGCAAGCGCCCAGAAAGGUCCGGGAGUGCAGGGGGGAGCCUUCGACACCAUGAGUGAGAGUGUGUUCGGAUAUGGGCGAGGAGAAGGUAUUGAUGAAGGCCGUGGGGAUCAUGAAUGGGUGGUCAACCAAGAAAAAUACAAAUAUGAUGAGGUGUUUGAUAAGCUCAAUCCUGUAGAUGGUAAAAUCACAGGUGCAUCUGCCAAGUCGGAGUUAGUGAAAUCCAAGUUGCCAAAUUCAGUGUUGGGAAAGAUCUGGAAGUUGUCAGACAUUGACAAGGAUGGGAUGUUGGACAUGGAUGAAUGGGCACUAGCUAACCACUUAGUGAAGGUCAAGUUAGAUGGAAGUGAUUUACCUGGAGAACUUCCAAAACAUUUAGUACCACCAUCAAAACUUAACUUUGUGUAAAAUGAUGCCAUCUUGUAACUAUGUACAUGUUGUAUUGAACACUGAGGUUUUUUACAUGCAAUACCAGAGUUUGGCAUCUCAUAUUCUAUUAAGAAUUGGAAAAGCAUGUUGGGCAAAAUUAUUUUACAGAAGAGAGCUCAAGGGAGACAACUCAGAUCUAGUUGGUUGGUAUAUUACAUGUAGAAUCUGGUUACUGUAUGUUGUGUGAUAGUCAGUGUCAUAUAUCCGUCAAUGAACAUAGUUUAACUGAGUACCAAUACAUCACAGUUCUAUGAAAAACCGAUUCCCUGAAACCUGUAGUUUAGAUUAAAGGCAUUCCUAGACAGACUCAUUAUAUAGACACCAGUAAACAGUAAUUUUAUAGAUUUGGAAUGUUCCUGGUACAGCAUAUACUGUACAAACAAAUAAAUGUUUACAUUGGAGAUUUUUGAAGAUUCAUUGCCAUUAUUUUUCUUUUCAAGAAUUUAUUUUUAAUGAAGACUUUGCAAUGAGUAGGAUUAUAAGAAAUUAUUUUUUUGUUAUUUUUUAUUAAAGUUACAAAUUGUAAUGUGCCAUAAAUUUCCAACUCUCGCAUACAGUGAUCUAGGCACGAGCUAGGUAGCUCAGAACAAGCUAAUAUUUUCACUUGAAAGAAAACUUUGUAUGAAAUUUAAAAUGCAGGAAGAUACCAUUGAUGCCUAUUGUACAUGAAUAUUUUAUUCAUUUAUUGCCUCCUUUUAGUCAAUUAUUUGAUACACCUGUACAGGAACAUUGUAUCCUAAUUCACAUGUACACCUGUACAGGAACAUUGUAUUCUCAUUACUAUGUUCAUUUGAUCAGCAUGGUUCUGAAUCUUGUUUUCAUUUCAACAUUAAGCUCAUAUUGUCUACAGGUUAAAUAUGUACCGUAUACUGAUUUUAUCAUUGAAAUAUUAAUUGUUAAAUGUAGGAAGUCCAUAUAUUUUGUGAGCACUGUAUAUGUAGCAUGCAUAUGUGACCUGGUACAUACAGAUGAAUAAAUAAAUGUCCAUAAUGAACAGAUUAUAGAGAGGUUACAGAAAGGUGAUGCAUUCAGGAAAAGUAGUCUUUGUCAGAGAUUGUCCUGUCUGUUAGAAAUAGAUUAUAAAAGUUACAGAAAGGUGAUGCAUUCGGGAAAAGUAGUCUUUGUCAGAGGUUGUCCUGUUUGUUAGGGAUAGAAUAUAGAGUUUACAGAAAGUUUAUACAGUCAGGAAAAGUAGCCUUUGUCAGAGAUUGUCCAGUAUUUUAGAGAUAUAGAGGUUACAGAAAGGUGAUAGUCAGGAGAGAAGUAGUCUUUGUCAGAGAUUGUCCAGUAUUUUAGAGAUAUAGAGGUUACAGAAAGGUGAUAGUCAGGAGAGAAGUAGUCUUUGUUAGAGAUUCAGCAUUUCUGUUACAAUAUAUUUUUACACCAAACAUCCAUGGUGUUAAAAUUGUGCUUGUUUAAGAUUGAUGUACAGUUUAAUUGUGGUGUGAUGGCUACAUCGUUUGUGUUGAUAUGGGUCGGCUCUAGACCUCACAGCUCAUAGCCUAACAAAUUAAAGGUUAAGGAAGAUACUGUGUUUAUAUGGUGUGGAUGUACAGGAUCAUUGAUUUACAAGCUUCCCACAGUGAUGUAUUACAUCAUCAGAAUAUGUUCAUCCUAGAGCUUUGAUACGGCAGCAGCAGUUUGGUCUUCACCAGUCAUGAUCAAUGGACUCUAGAGUCUCAUUAAGGUAUCAGUUUUUGGACAAGGUAUAACAACUGACUGUGGUCAUCACUGGUCAAUGCAUGAACUUGCAGUCUAUAAUGGUCAAUAUAUAGUGGUAACUGUGGUCACUUUGGUCAAUGUGUGGUCGUUUGCUAGUAGAAGAAGUGUAGUUCUCCGCUAGUGACAUCAGUGUUGAGUGUAUAGACUAGAGGUGUGAUUGCUUUCUGGUGGUAAGUUGUUUGUGUAAUUAUAUGUUGAGAACUGUAAAUACUGGAUAUCGGAUGUUUAGACAUGGUGAUGAGGUCCACACAAGUAAAAAUGUACAGUAAAUAGAAUAUAAACACAUUAAUAUCAAAUU